UGGUGACUUCCUCUCACCGCAGCAGCUGGUAGAGCCAGGGCUGCCCCUUCUGCUGGUGCCUCCUCUCAGCCGCCUCUGCCUGGGGUUCCCUUCGUCUGGCCCCGCCCCUCGGGCUGAGUGGGGCGGGGCCAGGCAGUCCCGGAGGCUCUGGCCGGCUGGCCGGGAGCAGGUGGAGGGCUGGCGCGGUCGAGAUCGUGCUGCCAUGGCUCAGCCUCCGGGUCCAGAGUCUCAGCUCCUACCUCUUUCCUCCUUGCCAGCCCCUGAUGCUUGCCAGAUUUUUGCCUCUGCCGGAGCCCCUGCCUGACCAGCCUCCCUCCCCGUCUCGCUGGGAUUUGGGGGCUGAGCUGUCUGGGGUCCCAGGGCCGACCAAUGCAGUGCCGGCUCCUGCGGGGCCUGGCUGGAGCCCUCCUCACCCUCCUGUGCAUGGGCCUCCUGUGUCUGCGGUACCACUUGAGCCUGACCCCGCAGCGGGUGCAGGAGACCCCCGAGCUGAGCCAGCAGAGCCUGGGGCUCCCUGAACUACAGCUGGGCGAUGUCUUCAUCGCAGUUAAGACGACCCGGGCCUUCCACCGCUUGCGCCUGGAGCUGCUGCUUGACACGUGGGUUUCCAGGACCAAGGAACAGACAUUCAUCUUCACUGACAGCCCAGACGACGGCCUCCGGGACAGACUGGGGUCCCACCUUGUGGUCACCAACUGCUCUGCAGAACACAGUCACCCAGCUCUGUCCUGCAAGAUGGCUGCUGAGUUUGACACCUUCCUGGCCAGUGGGCGUAGGCUGGAGUGCAAUGGCGGGAUCUCAGCUCACUGCAACCUCUGCCUCCUGGAUUCAAGUGAUUCUCCUGCCUCAGCCUUCCCAGUAGCUGGGAUUACAGGCGCACCCCACCAUGCCUGGCUAAGUUUUGCAAUUUUGGUAGAGAUGGGGAUUUACCAUGUUGGCCAGGCUGGUCUUGAACUCCUGACCUCAGGUGAUUCAGCAGCCUCGGCCGCCCAAAGUGCUGGGAUUACAGGUGUGAGCCACCGCGCCCGGCCAGGGUGGUUCUGCCACGUGGAUGAUGACAAUUACGUGAACCCAAGGGUGCUGCUGCAGCUGCUGAGGGCCUUCCCGCUGGCCCAAGACGUCUACGUGGGAAGGCCCAGCCUGAACCGGCCCAUCCACGCCUCGGAGCCGCAGCCCCACAACCGCACGAGGCUGGUACAGUUCUGGUUCGCCACCGGGGGCGCUGGCUUCUGCAUCAAUCGCAAACUGGCUUUGAAGAUGGCUCCGUGGGCCAGCGGCUCCCGUUUCAUGGACACGUCUGCUCUCAUCCGGCUGCCUGACGACUGCACUGUGGGCUACAUCAUUGAGUGCAAGCUGGGCGGCCGCCUGCAGCCCAGCCCCCUCUUCCACUCCCACCUGGAGACCCUGCAGCUGCUGAGGACUGCGGAGCUCCCGGAACAGGUCACCCUCAGCUACGGUGUCUUUGAGGGGAAACUCAACGUCAUUAAGCUACAGGGCCCCUUCUCCCCGGAGGAGGACCCCUCCAGGUUUCGCUCCCUCCAUUGUCUCCUCUACCCAGAUACACCCUGGUGUCCACAGUUGGUUGCCCGAUGAAUCCUGAACUGCUGGGCAAAGCUUGGACAGAGGCUUCUGGCUGUUCCUUGGCUCCCAGGGUGGCUCUGAGGGCCCCUGGCAAGUGUCUUGUGAUAGGCAGUUCCUGGCAGGGCCUUCUGGUGGUUGACAAGUCCAGGAUCUGGGUGGCAAUGGGCACUGAAGGCAUCCCAGGCCCCUAGGAGGGGAGUUAGAUGGCCCAGAGGACCAGCUGGACCAGCUGAUGGCCAGAGAGGCUCCAGGGCAUAGACUCUUUCAGGAGGCUGAAUUGCAAAAAAGGCAGGGGGCACCAGAACUGGGCUGGGGCUCAGGGGUCCUAACCCUUUAGGCAGUGACAUGGCCUCUGGGUGGGGCCUGGCUCUUGCCUCUGGCUCAUGUCUCUCAGGCAUUCCUCUGGGGCUCAAGCACUGAGCUGCCCACUCCCGCCUCCCUCGACUGGGUCCCAAGUCACUGAAGGGACACGGGUGGAAGGAUGGCAGAAUCCAGGGUCCUCAGUGGCUGCUGCUGUUGCCAACCAGUCUCGCAAAGCUCCUUGCUCUCCACCCCCUGUUCAGAUUUUGUUUGGAGCCUCGGCAUACCCGGGCCCAGAUGAAGAGCAUGAUGGGUCCCAGCCAGUCGUGAUGAUCCUUUUGCUCAUUUCCCAGCCUCCCUUGCUGUUAGGGGCUACCAUGGGGCUAGCUCUGGCCAGAGGGAACUAAGCAAAGCUAACAGAGACAUUUCUGGGGAAGGUUUUGCAGCCCACUCCCCAUCUUCCUGCUGUGAACAUGGGUGUGAUGGCUGGACCUAGGGCAGCCACGUUGCUACCAUGAAGGAAAGGCCCAGACAAUCACCCACAGCUAUUCCCUGCAUCUGGUUCUGUACGAAAAUUAAAUGCUUAUUUGUUUAA